AUGACUUCGAUCAAGGCGCAUGUGGGCAUCAUUGGCUCCGGUAUCAUCGGCCUUCUCUCUGCUUUGACGCUCACCGAUGCCGGCUACAGAGUGACUAUCGUUGCACGCGAUCUACCGGGUGAUGAAUCCCAGGACUGGGCAAGUCCCUGGGCGGGCGUAUCAAUCUUCCCUCAUCCAGACGUUGGCGGCCACUGUCUCCAGACCGAGAAUUUUAAGUACUUCUGGGCCUUAGCACAUAGGGAUCCAACGAGUGGCGUUCAAGUUAUCAAAGCAACGGAACACUACGAUGAUCGGGAGGAUGAUUCAAGCAUCUGGUACAAGACAGUGGUCCCGCACUAUCGUGUCAUUCCGAAGGAGAAGCUUCCCAAGGGCGUAAAGCUUGGAUUUACAUAUACGUCGAUGACGAUCAAUCCAGCAUUCUUACUCCCAUGGAUCCAAACGCAACUGAAAGCACGUGGGGUCACAUUUAUUCGGAAGACGCUGAGAUCCAUCCAAGAGGCAAAGACGAUCACCGGAGCAGAAUAUAUCGUGCACGCAUCGGGGCUAGGAGCGUAUACUCUUGCGGACGAUAAGAAUGUAGAGGCCAUUCGUGGACAAACAAUGUUUGUCAAGACGGACUUUAACGAGUUGAAGAUGCACCAAGGUUCCCACUACACCUAUGUUAUUCCGCGGAUGUUCACCAACGGGGCCAUCAUCGGCGGUGUCAGCCAGCCCGGUAGCUUGGAUCGCAAUGUGGACAAGGCCCUACGCGCCGACAUUCUAAAACGCGUCAAUAUCCUUACUGACGGGGGUCUUAGCUCGGUCGACCUGGACAAGGAUGUCCAAAAGGAUAUUGUCGCCUUCCGGCCGGGAAGAAAAGGAGGAUAUCGCCUCGAGGCUGAGGAUGACGUAGUGCAUGCCUACGGGUUUGCCGGCCUUGGCUAUAUAUUCAGUUACGGUGUGGCUUUAAAGGUCCGAGAGCUGAUUGACUCGGUAGUGGACAAAGACAGGGCUCCAAGGAGCCGCCUCUGA